UAUUUGACCGGUCUGGUUUUGAGAUUUACUUUGCACUUAAAAAUGGCUGCGCCCAUGCUGAAAGUGCUGGACGUGUUCGUCGGUUCAGAAACAGGACUUUUAAAAGGAAUAAACGUUUCUAAAGCCGAGUGGUUGAAUUUACAUGACACAGAAUCUGUGGAUAAAUCAAAAGAAAUCGUAUCAUUGUGUUGGAAAGACGAAACGGAGACUGAUGUGUGUAUUGGGUCCAAAAACAGAACUGUGACGAUUUGGAAUUCGGCGACUCGAACCUUUUCCGAUUCAUUAAUUCUUGGGACAGAGGAAUCAAAACUUCGAGGUGUCAGAUUGCUGAACGGUGAUUAUGUUUCAUGUGUUGAUACAGGACUUGUCCGUUUGUGGAAAGAUGGCGAGGUAGAGUCCGAGAUAAAUGCUGGGAAGGACGUGUUUACUUUCGAGCAAAAUCCAACUGAGAGAAAUAUUUUUGCUACAGGAGGGAAAGAAAAUGAGCUCAAAAUAUGGGACAUAGAAUUAACGGAAAAUCCAAAAUUUACCGCUAAAAAUGUGAGAAAUGACUGGCUUAAUUUACGGGUACCUGUUUGGGUCACCUGUGCAAGGUUUCUACCAAAGUCUGAGAAAAUUUUCACUGCAACAGGUCACCAUCAAGUGAGAAUGUAUGACUUGAAAGCACAGAGAAGGCCGGUUCUAGAUAUGUCAUUUGACGAAUAUCCCAUCACAGCUCUAUCUCUCUGCCCUAAGAAUGAAAACGAAGUAGUGGUUGGGAAUACGGUUGGAAAAUUAGCAGUUUUGGACAUAAGAAAAGGGCGACCAGUUCAAGUGUUUAGGGGUCUCGCAGGUGCCAUCCGGGCAGUCGAACAUCACCCUACAUUGCCGGUUAUAGUGUCCUGUGGGUUGGAUCGAUAUUUGCACAUUCACUCGACGGAUGACAAAUCUCAACAGAAAAUCUACUUGAAAUCUCGACUCUCCGCUCUCCUUCUAAAAUCUAGCUGGGAUGGGAAUGAUGUAGACAAUGAAGAGGAAGUGGUCGUCAAAACGGAGGUCGUCUCCGACGAAGAUGGGAAUGACGACGAAAUCUGGGGGAAUAUGGAGGUCGUCCAGACGAAAACCAAAAGAGAGGAUGUAAAGAAUUCUAACAAUAAGAAAAAAAUCAAAAGAAAGCAAACUGGAGAAGAAUCAGGGGAAUUUGAUAAACAGUCAAAGUCGAAAAAUGUUAAAAAUAAGAAAAGGAAAACUGGAAUAAAAGCUUGAUUGUAUAUUGAUUUUGAGUUUUUAUGUACUGUGUUUUACAGUUGUUAAAGAGGCAUGGUCACAAUUUUGAUGAUUUAUUUUUCAAUUUUCAUAAACAUGUCAAUGGAUACAAAUCAUCAAUCUAUUUAUUUUGUUCCGUAUCAAAAUAAAGUGCAUCAUUGACAGGAUUUA